AAAUCAGGUUCAGCUGCUCUUUCAGUGUUAAUUCCAGACUCAAGAGCAAGAGCCGAACUCUGUCUCUUUUCUUCGUCAUCGUCUCCGCUUGAUCUUUCUGGGUUUUGGGUUUCUCUUCAAUCGUAGAGAUGGAAAAUCUGACAAUAGUAUCUUAUUCUUCUUCUUCUCCUCCGGAGCUGUUAAUGGGUUGCAAUUUCUGCACUUCUUCACUCAAAAGCCCUACCGGAGUUUUCAAGGGUCCCGGGAAUUCGCUUCGGAGUUCUAGAAUUAUCCUAAGUUCCAGAAUCUCAGCCUCCGCUCGAUCUACGACUCGCCUGUCUCGGCCGGCGAUAUGGAGAGAUUCCGGCGAUAUCGGGAGAUUCCCUUCAACCGGAAAAGCUAAAAUUCUUGUGAAACACGGAGGAAAGUCUUUCGCGAGUGUUUCGUCUUCGAGUGGUGAACAGACAACAUCCGUAGGUUACCCUAAUGUAGCAGUGCCACCAUCCUCAUCAAGCAUAGGAUCACCACUAUUUUGGAUCGGCAUUGGGGUCGGGUUAUCAGCUUUGUUCUCGUGGGUAACAUCGAGUUUAAAGCAACGUGCUAUGGAAACGGCUAUGAAGACUAUGAUGAGCCAGAUGAAUAAGCAAAGUAAUCAGUUUAACAGUCCUCCAUUUCCAACAGGAUCACCUUUUCCAUUUCCAAUACCUACACCAACAAGUCCGGUUCCUUCACCUAUUCCGACUUCCCAAUUCGCUUCCCAGUCCUCAGCUGCUACUCUCGAUGUCACAGCCACCAAAGUAGAUAAACCUCCUUCGGCAAAACCAGAAACAUCUAUACCCUGCGAUACUAAAGAGGAAACCAAACCAAAGAAGGAAGAAAGGGACUAUGCAUUUGUUGAUGUGUCUCCUGAAGAAACCACGAAAGAAACUCCUUUUAGUAACUAUGCUGAAGUCACUGAAGCCAGUGCUUCCAAAAAUACUCAAAUGUUCGAGGACGUUUUGAAAAAUGGUGCUGCUUCACAGCCUGCUGCCAGUGGUCCAAGUGGUUUCCAGUUUCCAGGCACAGGAAAAGGAGGGCCUGGUUUGUCUGUCGAAGCUUUGGAGAAAAUGAUGGAAGAUCCUACAGUUCAGAAGAUGGUUUACCCAUAUUUGCCUGAGGAGAUGAGAAACCCGGAAACUUUCAAAUGGAUGAUACAAAAUCCACAAUACCGUCAACAGCUGCAGGACAUGCUGAACAAUAUGAGUGGGAGCGGUGAAUGGGACAAGAAAAUGACGGAUACUUUGAAGAAUUUUGACCUGAAUAGUCCCGAAGUGAAACAGCAAUUUGAUCAAAUAGGGAUGACACCCGAAGAAGUCAUUUCAAAGAUAAUGGCGAAUCCUGAUGUUGCUGUGGCUUUCCAGAAUCCCAGAGUCCAAGCAGCAUUGAUGGAAUGCUCAGAGAAUCCCAUGAAUAUCAUGAAGUACCAAAACGAUAAAGAGGUAAUGGAUGUGUUCAACAAAAUAUCUCAACUCUUCCCUGGAAUGACGGGUUGAUUUCAGUUUUUUGGAUUUUUGUUUUAUGUUUUUGUUCUUGUUCAUUCAACAUACAAUGUCACUGGAUGCUUCAGUUUUGGUCAGAACAAGAAGGGAGAGGCACAGACACA